UGUUGUAAAGAGUUGUAACUGGUGCUCAGUAUAGACGUGUUUUGAUAAUAGAGUCAAAGUCAAACUCUCUCUGGUUAUUAUUUCUUUCCUCCCUCGUUGUGCUGCAGAUCAUUUCUCCAGGUUCAAGGUUUGCUGAAGCUACAAAGUCUCUGUGACUGGAUGUGAACUCAGCAGCUGAGCCUCUCCCAGCAGUCAGUUGUUUGUUUGUAUCAGGAUGCAGAGACCAGAUGCUCCUGAACCCAGCUGUGUGUCGAUGAAGAGUGACCAGUCUGUGGAUCGCUUUGAUGAGUUUAAAGUCAGACAAACUGAUGGAAGGAUGCAGCAGCGGAGACCAGACGCUCCUGAACCCAGCUGUGUGUCGAUGAAGAGUGACCAGUCUGUGGAUCGCUUUGAUGAGUUUAAAGUCAGAAAACCUGCUGAUAGAAGGAUGCAGCAGCGGAGACCAGACGCUCCUGAACCCAGCUGUGUGUCGAUGAAGAGUGACCAGUCUGUGGAUCGCUUUGAUGAGUUUAAAGUCAGACAAACUGAUGGAAGAGUUCAGCAGGAGAGCUCAGGGGUUCACAGUGAUCAGUCUGCCCAGCAGCAUCAAACAGACCUGAACUCCAUAUUUAUGCUGCUGGAGGAGAACAUCGUCACUUUUGUGAAGAACGAGCUGAAGAGAGUCCAGAGGGUUCUGAAUACAGAUUACCCACAAUGCUUAGACAGUCAGGAUGAGGAUGAGAAAUUGUUGCAUGGUGAGGAUGAAGAGCAGAGGAGGAGCAGCAGGGAGGCAUUUCUGAAGAUCACAGUGCACUUCCUGAGGAGAAUGAAGCAGGAGGAGCUGGCUGACUGUCUGCAGAGCAGAACUCAAGCUGCAGUGUGCCGACGUAAACUCAGGUCUAACCUGAAGAAGAAGUUCCAGUGUGUGUUUGAGGGGAUUGCUAAAGCAGGAAACCCAACCCUUCUGAACCAGAUCUACACAGAGCUCUACAUCACAGAGGGAGGGACUGCAGAGGUCAAUGAUGAACAUGAGGUCAGACACAUUGAAACAGCAUCCAGGAAACCACACAGACCAGAAACAACAAUCAGACAAGAAGACCUCUUUAAAGCCUCACCUGGAAGAGAUGAACCAAUCAGAACAGUGAUGACAAAGGGAGUGGCUGGCAUUGGGAAAACAGUCUUAACACAAAAGUUCACUCUGGACUGGGCUGAAGACAAAGCCAACCAGGACAUACAGUUCACAUUUCCAUUCACUUUCAGAGAGCUGAAUGUGCUGAAACAGAAAAAGUUCAGCUUGGUGGAACUUGUUCAUCACUUCUUUACUGAGACCAAAGAAGCAGGAAUCUGCAGGUUUGAAGAAUUCCAGGUUGUGUUCAUCUUUGAUGGUCUGGAUGAGUGUCGACUUCCUCUGGACUUCCAUAACACUAAGAUCCUGACUGAUGUUAGAGAGUCCACCUCAGUGGAUGUGCUGCUGACAAACCUCAUCAGGGGGAAACUGUUUCCCUCUGCUCGCCUCUGGAUAACCACAAGACCUGCAGCAGCCAAUCAGAUCCCUCCUGAGUGUGUUGACAUGAUGACAGAGGUCAGAGGGUUCACUGACCCACAGAAGGAGGAGUACUUCAGGAAGAGGUUCAGAGAUGAAGAACAGACCAGCAGAGUCAUCUCCCACAUCAAAACAUCACGAAGCCUCCACAUCAUGUGCCACAUCCCAGUCUUCUGCUGGAUCACUGCUACAGUUCUGGAGGAUGGGUUGAAGACCAGGAAGAGAGGAGAGCUGCCCAAGACCCUGACUGAGAUGUACAUCCACUUCCUGGUAGUUCAGACCAAACUGAAGAAGAUCAAGUAUGAUGGAGGAGCCGAGACAGAUCCACACUGGAGUCCAGAGAGCAGGAAGAUGAUUGAGUCUCUGGGAAAACUGGCUUUUGAGCAGCUUCAGAAAGGCAACCUGAUCUUCUAUGAAUCAGACCUGACAGAGUGUGGCAUCGAUAUCAGAGCAGCCUCAGUGUACUCAGGAGUGUUCACACAGAUCUUUAUAGAGGAGAGUGGACUGUACCAGGACAAGGUCUUCUGCUUCGUCCAUCUGAGUGUUCAGGAGUUUCUGGCUGCUCUUCAUGUCCAUCUGUCAUUCAUUAACGCUGAUGUCAAUAUGCUGUCAACACCACGGUCCAAAGUGUUUGGAGGUAAAUCAACACGUUUCUACCAGAGUGCUGUGGACAAGGCCUUAGAUAGUAGAAACGGAAACUUGGACUUGUUCCUCCGCUUCCUCCUGGGUCUUUCACUGCAGACCAAUCAGAAACAUCUACGAGGUCUGCUGACACAGACAGAAAGUAGCUCACAGACCACCAAGAAAACAGUUGAGUACAUCAAGAUAAAGAUCAGUGAGAAUCCGUCUGCAGAGAAAAGCAUCAAUCUGUUCCACUGUUUGAAUGAACUGAAUGAUCAUUCUCUAGUGGAUCAGAUCCAAAAGUACAUGAGACCAGGAAGUCUCUCCUCAGAUAAACUGUCUCCUGCUCAGUGGUCAGCUCUGGUCUUCAUCUUACUGUCAUCAGAAAAAGAUCUGGACGUGUUUGACCUGAAGAAAUACUCUGCUUCAGAGGAGGCUCUUCUGAGGCUGCUGCCAGUGGUCAAAGCCUCCAACAAAGCUGUGAUGAGUAGCUGUAACCUCUCAGAGAGAAGCUGUGAAGCUCUGUCCUCAGUUCUCAGCUCCCAGUCCUCUAGUCUGAGAGAGCUGGACCUGAGUGGCAACAACCUGCGGGAUUCAGGACUGAAGCUGCUGUCUGCUGGACUGGCGAGUCCACACUGUAAAUUGGAAACUCUCAGUCUUUCAGGCUGUAUGAUCACAAAGGAAGGCUGUACUUCUCUGGCCUCAUCUCUGAGCUCCAACCCCUCCCAUCUGAGAGAGCUGGACCUGAGCUACAACCAUCCGGGAGACUCAGGUGUGAAGCGUCUGUCUGCUGGACUGAAGGAUCCACACUGGAGACUGGACACUCUCAGACUGGACCAUGGUGGACUGCAGAGACUGAGACCUGGUAUCAACAAACAUGUCUGUGAAGUGGAACUGGACACAAACACAGUAAACAGAGAGCUCAAACUGUCUGACAACAACAGGAAGGUGACACGAGUGAAAGAGGAUCAGUCAUAUCCUGAUCAUCCAGACAGAUUUGACUGGCCUCAGCUGCUGUGUAGAAAUGGUCUGACUGGUCGCUGUUACUGGGAGGUCGAUUGGAGAGGAAGUGUUUAUAUAUCAGUGAGUUACAGAGGAAUCAGCAGGAAAGGAAACUGUCCUGACUGUGUGUUUGGUAGGAAUGAUAAGUCCUGGAGUCUGGACUGCUCUGAGGCCAGUGGUUAUUUUGUCUGUUACAGUAACAGAAGAACAUCCAUCUCCAUUCCCUUUUCCUCCUCCUCCACCAACUCUGACUAUGAUUCUGUCCCUAACAGAGUCGCAGUGUAUGUGGACUGUCCUGCUGGCACUCUGUCCUUCUACAGAGUCUGCUCUGGCACACUGAUCCACCUCCACACCUUCAACACCACAUUCACUGAACCUGUUUAUCCCGGAUUUGGGUUUGAAUGGUCUGGUUCCUCAGUGUCUGUUUGUUCUCUGGAGGUUUGAGAGUCUCUCUUGGCUUCUUGUUCAGGUGUUUGCAAUUUUCACCUGUUUGCAAUCAUCUCGGGGGCGGUGUUCUGAGGACUACACCAUGAAGAAGGAUAAGUACUGUUACACAUGGGUUGUUACCCAGCUCAAUGUUAACAUGUAUGAGCAUAUGUUUUUAGAAUCACCAUGAAGUAGCCAUCUGAAUAAAGGCAUUUAACAUCAGUCAGAAUAGUGCUUUGGACCUUCUUUUUUAAACCUUUUAGCUUCAUUACGCUUAAACUUCUGAGCACUCUGGAAACUUUCCUUCUGUUUAUAUUACGAUGUCUUAUAAGUUGUCCUUCUGAGCCAACUCUCCAAUCAAAGUAAAUUGUUAAAGAAGCUUUUCAUUGUAUCGUAAGUGACAGUAGUCAUAAACAGGAGUCAAAUCCACAACAGUUGUUCUGUGGAAAAUUCCUUCCAAAGGCAGAAUACGUUGUGAACGAAGAAUUCAAUUUUACUUUUCAGUAAAUGUACAAAUAUCACACUGUAAAAAUACUCUGUUACAAGUAAAGGUCCUGCAUUGAAAAUGUUAAAUAAAAGUAUCUAAGUAAUGUUUACUCACGAAGAUAUAAUACAUUUUAGUUGAAGUGGAGCUCAUUUUGAACUAUUUUGUAUCAGACUGCAAUUAAUAAUUUAUCAUCAUCAUCAUCAUCAUCCUCAU